AGAGGCGCGAUCAUGUGACGAAGAGAAAUAGAAACUAAAGCAGACGGCUCUUAUUGUUUCCUGCAGAGUUGCUGAACGCUUCCUGUUUCUGCCUCAUUUCCCCAAUUCAGCUGCAGGAGGAAGAACCCGAACUAGACUUCAGGGCUCAUGGCCUUGGAAGAGGGGGACCCCAAUGCCCUGAAGCGCAAUGUGCUGCACCUACUGCUCAGGAACCCCCUGGGGCUCAGUUUUGGGGACUUCGCUGGGGCCUUUCACCGGCUGCAUGGCUACCAGCUUCAAAUCACUCGUUAUGGGUACAGCUCGCUCAAGCAGUUUCUGGCUGAAAUGAAGGACUUUGUGGUUGUGGAAGAUGGUGACUCAAAGGUCCCAGUUGUAAAGCUAGCGAAUGGAUUCCAUCUUGGCCAAUGGGCUGAAGGAAAAGAGAAUGGGGUGGACAUCUCUGAAGUGCCCGCUUUGAGGUCAACAGAUGAAGAAGACCCUGGAGGAGAAACGGGUGAAUCUCUGGCAGGAGUCUUGGGGUUGCUCUUCAGUCUUCUAAAGAGGUAUCACUCGGGUUUGAGGAUUAAGAAACUACAGAAAUUGUUUCUUGCUAGUGCUGGAAUUGACCUAGAGAAGCUCAGCGUUCGUCAAGGCUACACAGACACACUGGAAUUUUUGGAACAGCGAAUGCCGAAUUUAAACAUCACAUACCAACAGGACAGACUCAACUGCGUGGUUCAGCUUUUUGAAGAUCCCUGUGCUACUUUUUCUUCUGUCAGUACCGAGAACCUUGUGGAAGAACCAGCAAGCCAGACACCAGAUCUGUCAGCUGCCUUGGUGCCAAUCCGGGCCGUCCUUGAAUGCCACCCUGAGGGUCUGAAGGUGAAGAACCUGAAAAAGGCCCUGCUAGAGAAUUGUGGAUUUGACCUGGAGAUGUUCCGCCGUGAUCUGGGCUACAAUGACACAGUGUCCUGCCUGCAGGAUAUUCCUGGUCUGAUUCUCAGAAACAGCAAUAGGACCCGGAAUUGCGUCAUCCAGCUCGAAUUGCGUCCCUCUAGCUCAGCUCCUUCCUUGGACUCGGAUUUCUCUGUAUGCAGCUCACAUACCACAACUGAUGGGCUAAUGAGAAAUAACUCCGGUUCCCCUAGCCCUGUUCCCUCGCUUGAUGCUGGUUUCUCUGCCUUCAACUCAAAUUCUGUGCCCCAGACGUUGAUGGGAAAGAAAUCUGACCUGGCUGCUGCCUUGGUGCCAAUCCUCGAUGUUCUUGGAAACCAUCCUGCUGGUCUGAAUAUAAAGACACUGAAGGAAAACCUAGAGAAGAAGCAUGGGUUUGACCUAGAGACUUUCAGCCAAGAUUUGGGGUAUAAAGACGUAAUGUCUUUCCUCCUGGAUGUGCCGGGCCUUCGCUACUCUUUCACAAAUGGCAAGUGGCCCCACAACUGUGUGGUUCAACUUCUCUCCGGUAGUCUUGGCCUCCCCCCUGUCUCAUUCGGUGCUGGUCCCUCUUUGGAUAAAUCUCCAUCUUCCAAAGGAUCAAACACCCUGUCUCAAGACUUAAAAGAAACAAAGCCAGCUUCCUGCCUUUCCACUGUGCCCCAGUCCUGUGCUUCUGUCCCCUUAAAUGUGCAAUGGCCUGCUGGGAAAUCAAAACCUGUGAACCAAAAUGUACUUAAAAAAAAGCCUGCUUCGGUGACAGAUGUCUUGGCAUUACUCACCAACCUCAUAAGCACAUACAGCGAAGGUCUGAGGGUUGAGAAAGUGCAGGAGCUCCUGCUGGCCAAGAAAAAAAUUGACCUGGAGAAGUUCAGCAUCAACCAAGGCCACAAGGACACACUGGAGUUUUUGGAGCGUCAAAUGCCUAACUUAAACAUCAGAUACCGAGAGGACAGACUUAAAUGUGUUGUUUCGAUUGGAUCAGGAAAAAGCAAAACGAAAAAGAAGAGGAAAAAGAAAACGGCAAAAUGUCCUGGUGUUAAGACUGCCCCUCCUCUGCAUGUUGCCCCAGUGCCUCUCUUGCAUCCAGCAAAAGUGGUCCAGCAAGCAAACUGUACCCCAGACUUUGGUAGCAUCUUUAAGUCUUCGUUCAACGUCUGCAAUCCCUCUGGAAAUAAAUCACAGAAUUGGAGCCCACCUGUUCCAGCUGCUUUUGUGUCCCCAGGAGUGCAGAACUGGCUCAGCAACAGCAGCAUGCAUGUCCCACCUGCCACUUUUCCAUUUUUUCCACCCUCCCAGGAGCCUCGUAGUGCUUUGUCAAGCAAGGCCAACAGUUCCUUCCAGGCUCCCUCCAGCUUUUUUCCACAUCACCCACCUCCCUCUGGCAUUCUUCCACAUCAGCCACCUCCCUCCGGCAUACUUCCACAUCACCCACCUCCCUCUGGCAUUCUUCCACAUCACCCACCUCCCUCUGGCAUUUUUCCACAUCAGCCACCUCCCUCCCGCAUUCUUCUCCAUCAGCCAAGUGCAUGGCAGUCUGGUGGGCCAUCACCACUAGCCAAAGAGGUACACUCACGGGAUAACCAGCUGCCCAGAGAAUCCAACUUGAGGAACUCACAGCCUUCUAAGGACCUGGAAGAACUGAAACAGCGGGUGGCCCACAUCCUGGCCAUGCACCCCGAGGGCAUGUCGCUCUUCCAGUUCCGUGCUGCCUACAGCACUGCCUAUCAGCAGCACCUGCCGCUUGGCAAUGCUUCCUCUGCCAAACAGUGCCUGCUGGAGAUGCCUGAUAUUGUUCGCCUGGAGGGCUGUGGAGUCCAAACAUUGCUACUACCUGUGUCUGCUAAAGCGUCACCUGUCAAAUCCAAUCAGCCUGUCCCAUCUGAAGUGGAAAAUGCUGCAGUGGCUCCUUGUCAGUCGCUGCCCCAAAUGAUGGCAGCAGCUGAACCGGUAGUAAGUCCCAAGCCUGCCCCUCUUCCCAAGGCUCCAGGGGUACCACAGCCCCACUCCACUUUCCUCCGGGCUUCAGACCCCCUCGAAAAGCAAGGUGAUAAGGAGUCCUGCAUUCUACCCAAGGGCCAUCUCAAGGAGAUACCAAAAACAGUACCUCCUUUGCAAGAGCAUGAUAGGGCCACAGCCAAUUCAAGAGACCUUUCAGGCCAUCCUGAUUUGUCCAAAGUGCAAGACUCUGCAGUGACUCCUGACCACUCCCCACCUAAAAACAAGCCUUUGGUUGUUCCCAAGUUCUCUCUAAAUACUGCACUUCGCAAGCCUCAGCCCCAUCUCUCUCUCCUCCAGCCUUCUGAAUGUCUUGGACCACCAGCCAACAAGGAAAUUAGUACUUUACCUGGGACUCCCAAACCAGUAGCUCCUGUGGGAGAGAUGACACUCAAGCUGAUAGACACUCCCAACUCUCCUGUAGUUUACCCAGUGGAUUCCCAAGCCACCAGAAGGGAUGAGAAUUUGAAAUCUGACAGCAUUGGCUCCAGGCCUGCACAUCUGGUUAACCAUUGGUUUUUUAACAAUACUACACCACCCCCCUCCAUCUUUCAGCCUGUCUCUACCGGUCCUGGAGCAUGGGCUCAGCCAGUUGUAUACCCACCUGUCACAUUUAUUCCAGAGAUGCCUCCUCUCUACCCAGCACCAUUCAUACCAGUUUCUGUAAAACCCUCUGGGAUACAGUUUCAGAAGACUCCACCACAGACGCUGCCUGUCCAACCUGUGCCUCCAGCCAGCCAGACUCAGCCUCCCACCCAAAUUCAGCAGCAGAGGUCCUAUUCUUCUGCAGUUUCGGGACAAGAUUCCAUUUUUCAGGAGCAGGUACCACCCAGAACCGCAGGACUCCCCCAUAGUUUGACUCCCACAGGGACGUUUCCUACUUCCUUACCUUCUCAAAACACAGCUAGCCUCCACUCGCCCAAAUCUCGGACUGUCUACCAAUCAGAAUGCCACCACCAUACAUGGCUAGAUGGUCUGCAGCACAGUUCUGUCCCUGUGGCAGAUCAAAAUAUUGUGGCUGCGCCCUCAGACAAAGUACCUUCUAAGUCUCCAACAUCCACACAUUGGGGGAAGUAUGAUGGUGUGGACUCUCCUGUAACCUCAAGCAUGCAGCCGCUCAGUUCGCAGUCUGCUUCUACCAACGCAACCCAGCGGUCCUCUGGAUCUUAUGCUGCUGUUAGUCCCAGCAGUAAUUCUGACACUCUGCCUUCUGACUCUUGGCCCUUGGUGCAUCAGCAAAAAAUUGUUAGCAAGAACUAUGCCAUAAGCUCCUCAAGCACAGGACCUGCAAGCUCACCACCUUCCCCUCUAGAAACCACCGCCACGCCACCUCUGCAGCCACUGGGCACCUCUUCUUGGAUCAACGGUAAUUCUGAUGCUCUGUGCUCCGAGUCUUGGGCCCUCAUUAGCCAGCAACGGUAUGUUAGUGUGACCUCAAGCACAAGAUCAGCACACCCAUCCCCUUCCCCUCUGGAAACUAUGACCACCCUAUCCUGGCAGCCCUCAUCAUAUACUUCACCUGGAACAAACAGAAAUUUGGAUGCAUCAAAGUCUCAGGCCCUCAUGCACCAGCACCAGCAUGCUAGUGUGAGCUCCUCCGUGACCACUGCAAACCCGCAAUCAGCGAAAUCACCACCUUCCCCUCAAGAAACCAGCACCCCAUCCCUGCAGCCCUCCUAUGCUCUUCAUGCCAGCAUGGAUUAUGCUUCUCCUAGCCAAAAUCUGCCCAUGGUUUCCAAAGAAGCUGAGCAGAAGCAGGGCAGUCCUCGUGCCUCUUUGCUAGGAAAACCAACAACUUAUUCAUUUACUCCCCCAAGCAGUCCUCCUCCCAAAAACUUUGAUAAAUGCAUUCUCCUGUAAUAGCAAGCAUUAAGGAAGUGUUCUGUGGAAUCAUUCACACCCAGAGGUGUUUUUCUCCCCCUCCUUCCCCAGGGUGGGUGGUAGGAAUGACAUACCAGGUGGGCUGAGUGCAUUCAGAACCCGCAAGCAAAAACCUCUUGUGCCCUGUUUGCCUACCUAGUAAAUGCCAGGUGUAGGGAAUCUUGGCUUGUGCCUGGAUGUUGGCAGUCUGUUCCCAGGGAAUUGCAAUUUCAAUUCCUGAAAUGCCAUCCUGUGGCACAGCUUUUCCUAUCUGCAUCCUGUGCUCAAGCAUAAAAUGGGAGUGCAGGAAGAGCCUAUGGGGACAGAGUGACCUUGAACCCCAAAAUGAUGAAAGGCUGACACAGGCUUCUUUUACAAACAAUGUCUUAUAGAUAGGCCAGUGUGUAUUCCUUUCUUGACCAACAUAAUGCAAUGUUCAAAGUUUCAGACUAGGUUCAAAUUGCCACUAAACUACAAAGACCGAGGAUCAAGUUGCCAAUCAUCUAUGUAGGUUGUUGCAAUCUCUUGGGCCAGUCAUUCCUCCUCACAGUAUGGUUGUGAGGAUUUUUUAAAAAUGGGAAUAUCUGUGCUGCCCUGAGUUGGAGGAAAGGCAAGGUAAAAAUCAAAUAAGAAAAGUUUUUUAAUAAUGUGCUCUGAAUUUCAAUUCCGUGACUAUACAUUAUGCAGAUGAAGCAAACAGCACAGAGUUGCUUAUAUUGCAUAAUUUCUCAGUUGACGGGGAAGGACAAGAAACAGUACUGAUACCUUGAAACCCUUGUCAGCUCCCUUUAGGCUUCUGAGAUUUUAUCUGGCAUUGCCUGCACCUCUCCCAUAUUAUUUUUACAGCAAUAUGGACUACAAACUUCUCUUUUUUAAAAAACAACACCGCCACUUUCGAUUUUUAGGGUAUGAAAUGCUGUCUUCAAUAUACAGCCUGGCUGAAAGGCAUGUCUACUAGGUCGUCUUCAAACCCUAACAAAGAGAGUGCAGCAUCAAUUAACUGUUCUAAUCACUGGAAGAAGUGGUGGUAGUGGUGUAUCAUUGAUGCAUAUUUUAAUAACUGAAGUAAUUUGAAAUACUUGUAUCAACCAUAAAUAAAUAAUAUCUUGGAAUGUAGAUGGGAAAGAAUUAAAGAGUGAAAUAUUGCUGAGAAUUAAGUGGUACUUUAAAUAAACAACUUUGAAAACAA